AUGCGCAUGUCCCGCCCAACAACCUUUUUGCACCUCCUCCUCGGCCUCCGACCAGUGAUCUCAACUCCCGCAUCGGCCAUCGCAUCAUCCGGACAGCACUGGACAACUCCAAGCAAACCACUCUCCAUCCUCGCGCAGUGCCACGCGACGAACCUCUACGCCUCGAACCGAGACACACUCUUCAACCGACUAAACACCUACUCCACAAUGUCCCAGUCACAACCACACCAAGAUCAAGCCCAAGCGCAAUCCCAAUCCCAGACCCCCGCUGAACCUUCAUCCACAUCCACCACAACAACAACCAUACAACCACCCACCCAAACCGAGUCCUCAACCUCCUCAUCCACCGAAUCCGAAACUGCAACCAAACCCCUCCUCGCCCUUCCCCCAUCCGAAUCAACAGACCCCACCCACCAACUCGACGUCAACGGCGGCGGCGUGAAACUCGACCACCUCGGCCCGCUGGUCGUCAACGCGGACGGCACGCUCUCGCGGAUCUCGAACUGGGCGCAGAUGACGGAGAUUGAGAGGCGGAAUACGUUGAGGGUUCUUGGGAAGAGGAAUAAGGAGCGCAUGGAUGCUUUGAAGGCGAACCAGGAGGAGGAGGGAGGGAAUGGGGAGGGGGGGAAGUAG